CGGUCUUUGUGACACGGCGAAGCUCACUACAAUACUUUCAUUGAUCAUUUCACUAAUUCGCGGUUACACUUUUUUUUCUUUCUUUUUUUUUCUAAGUGACGCCAUGCCUCUCACAUUCGAGCUGUGUCCUGGCAGAAUGGUCGGGGGGGAUCACCCCUGCUUCAUUAUUGCUGAAAUAGGGCAGAAUCACCAGGGCGACAUUGAGAUUGCCAAGAAAAUGAUUCGCAUGGCGAAGGAGUGUGGUGCUGAUUGUGCCAAGCUGCAGAAGAGCGAAUUGGCGUGUAGGUUCAACAAAGAGGCAUUGCUGCGACCUUACACCUCAGAACACUCUUGGGGAGCAACCUAUGGAGAUCACAAGCAACACCUGGAGUUCAGUCAUGAACAGUACCAGGAACUGCAGAAGUACGCCAAGGAGAUUGGCAUCUUCUUCACUGCAUCAGGGAUGGAUGAGAUGGCAGUCGAGUUUCUUCAUGAGCUCAACGUUCCAUUUUUUAAAGUUGCAUCUGCAGAUUCCAACAACUUGCCAUACCUUGAAAAAACUGCAAAAAAAGGUCGUCCCAUGGUGAUUUCCAGUGGGAUGCAGUCAAUGGACACCAUGCGACGUGUUUACAAGACAGUAAAAGCGCACAACUCAAGAUUUUGUUUCCUGCAGUGCACCAGUGCUUAUCCUCUGAAGCCAGAAGAAGUUAAUCUGCGUGUCAUACUGGAAUUUCAAAAGGAGUUUCCUGAUAUUCCCAUUGGCUACUCGGGUCAUGAGACUGGUAUAUUUAUCACAGUGGCUGCAGUUGCAAUGGGAGCCAAAGUUGUUGAACGUCAUGUUACUCUGGACAAGUGUUGGAAAGGAAGUGACCACAAGGCCUCCUUAGAACCUAAGGAACUGGCAGAGCUGGUGAAGGCGAUCAGGACUGUGGAGGCAGCCAUGGGCUCCCCAGUCAAAAACAUGCUUCCCUGUGAGAUGUCCUGUCACAGCAAGCUGGGCAAAUCUGUGGUGGCAAAGGGACCGAUUCCCAAAGGCUCUACCCUGACGCUUGAUAUGCUGACAGUGAAAGUGGCUGAGCCUAAAGGUAUCCCGCCAGAGGAGAUUUUCAGCUUGGUGGACAAAAAAGUGAAGAGAGACAUUGAAGAGGAUGCCACCCUGAUGAAAGAAGCUUUGGAAAAUUAUGGAAAGUAAAACAAACUAUUUUAAAGUGUUGUGGACAAUUUUGCAAUUUAUUUUUAGCCAGGAAUAUAGACUAUAAGCUACCUAUUUAAAAAGAAAAAAGAUCAUUUUAAUUUUUUGAUUUUUGUAAUUUGCUGGAAUAUUAUUCAAGGCAGAACUGCAAAUGUAAGUGAUGAGCAGCCCAAAACAUAAACCAAAGGUUUGGCAUGUCAGGAUGGCUGUAUUGGUUAAUGCCAAGUUCUCAGGGAUGUACUCACUCAUUAAAACUACAAAUUCAAGCACUGGAGUUUCCAGUUAUGGUGACACAGCCAUCAGUGCUUCUGCCCUUCUGCUGCAGAGACUGGAGUUUAGUUUCUCUGGGUUUAGUUCCUAGUCCAGGCACCAUAUAUGGAGAAUUUGUUCCUUCUGCCUUAGUUUGUGUAGUUUCUUCUCAGCAUCGCAAAGACUGCUGACAGUGUGGUUGUGUGCGAGUAUACUAUAUUAUGUAUUAUUAUUAUUAUUAUUAUUAAUAUUAUUAUUAUUAUUACUACUACUAGGGGGC